GACCCCACAGUCAACAAUGGCGGCGCCCGUUGGAACUUUAGACUGUGAGGACUUUUCAAUGUUUCAGGAGGUGCUGAAGGUGAUGCGCAACAUAGAUGACCGCAUCGUCCACUCUCUGAACACCACGGUGCCCACAGUCUCCUUCUCGGGCAAAGUGGAUGCUACACAGACAUGCAAACAACUCUAUGAAUCUAUGAUGGAGGCCCAUCUGAGCCGAGACAAAGCUAUUAAGUCGUGUAUAUCUCAGACAUCUCAGGUGGUGGGACAACUGCGGCAAGAAAGGGCGAAAGACAGCGAUAACCUGGCGCUCAUCAAACAACUCAGGAAGGAGCAGACCAAAUUAAAGCUGAUGCAAUCAGAGCUCAAUGUUGAAGAGGUUGUCAGUGACAGAAGUCUGAAGGUUUUCAAUGAAAGGUGCAGAAUCCACUACACGCCUCCAAAGGUGAAGUGAAGGUCGGCCCGACCAGAGGAGCUGCUUCGCCCGGGGUUCAAACCCAGACUGGAGCUGAAGCUGUGAGCUGCUGCUGAGUCCUGACUGCAGGGGUCCGGGGGGGGGGGGGGGUCACCAUCCAGACCCCCUCUGACCUCGUCUCCAACUCAUCUGUAUUCCAUUGUGAUUAUUGUAUUGUUUUGCCACCGCUGUAAAACAGUCCACCUUGUGCUUCUUUGAUGACAAACAUUGUACAAAAAGACAUUUUUUUUAAAGACAAUGAAAUGUUUUCAAGUGAACCGUG